UCGCCGAGGUGUUAAGUCUGAAGUCUGAACCCUAAAACAUCCCGCUUCGCCGCUCAGGACCAAGAAUCUCAGAUUUGGCUGAUUUUGCAUCAUGACGAGGGUUUACGUCGGGAAUUUGGACCCAAGGGUCACCGAAAGAGAACUCGAAGACGAAUUCAGAAUCUUCGGCGUUCUUCGCAAUGUUUGGGUAGCUCGUAGGCCUCCUGGUUACGCUUUCCUCGAGUUCGAUGACGAGAGAGAUGCUUUGGAUGCAAUUAGGGCAUUGGAUCGAAAGAAUGGGUGGCGUGUGGAGCUUUCUCAUAAAGAUAAAGGUGGUCGUGGAGGCGGUGGUGGCCGUCGUGGAGGUAUUGAGGAUUCCAAGUGCUAUGAGUGUGGUGAACUUGGACAUUUUGCACGGGAGUGUCGCCGUGGUCGAGGCUCUGUGAGGCGUAGAAGCCCUAGUCCUCGUCGUCGUAGGAGUCCAGAUUAUGGGUAUGGACGCAGGAGUAUAAGCCCGCGUGGAAGAAGAUCUCCUCCAAGGCGUCGCAGUGUUACUCCACCUCGCCGUGGGCGGAGCUACAGCAGAUCCCCUCCUUAUCGUGGUUCGCGCCGGGAUUCUCCUCGCCGCAGAGACUCACCCUAUGGUCGACGUUCGCCAUAUGCCAAUGGGGUGUGAAACUGGACCCUGAAGAGAAAGAAGAUAUUAAAACUUCUAUGCUAUGAUGCUAUGUUUGGCCCUCUUUAGGAUAGUUCUACUAGGAUUGGUUGUUGAGCAUGGUAGACAUGUCAUUGAUGUGUUCGUGUUUUAUUAGACAAUUGGAUUUGGUGAAUUCUCCUUCAAGCUGUUUUCCAACAGCCGUCUUGACUUAUUCUCUU